CCUCUCCUUACCAUAUUUGGUGGUGAGUGGAACCGUUAACGGGAUGCUUCAGCUUUAUACAUUCGGUGAAACAUCUGGCUCACGUAACCAUCCACUGCGCAUAACCUACGCUCGUGAACUUUGAGCAACGUUAGCGUUAUUCUUGACCACUACAACGGCAGCCAUUUCCGAAAAAGGUCAAUGUUAAUGUGGAGGAGGUGGUGGUCGUGACAACGCCGGAUGGAGCAGGGGAGGGCUCGGCUGCAGAGGUGGUGAAGACUGUGCUGGUGGCUACAGAGCUGACCCAGGCAGGGGAGGAACUUACAGAUGGAAGCGUGGAGUCAGAAACCGACACCACCAUCACUGUGACAAAGGAGGCAGUCCUAGGGUUCCCACACUGCCAUAGUUCCAUGUUGCAGCGCUUGUUUACGGAAAACAAAUGAAAGACAGUCGACUACCUGUGCUAAUUAGCUAUCGGUGUCUCCAAACACCUGUGUGUAAACCGAAGACUGACACCACAAAUGUGUUGUCACUCAACCACUCGGCUGCAACUGUGUUAAAACAGUGUACAUGAAGCUGUCAGAGGAGAUGGAUGUGGAAGCUGAUUUGGUCUACCCAAUCACUUGUGGGGAUGUGAAGGGCACCCUGGUCUGGAAGAAGUUUGUUUGCCCUGGCAUCAACAUCAAAUGUGUCCAAUUCAAUGAGCAUCUCAUCAGUCCCAAGGAAUUUGUCUAUCUGGCUGGGAAAUCUACAUUGAAGGACUGGAAGAGAGCCAUUCGCGUGAACGGCACUAUGAUCAGGAAAAUCAUGGACUCAGGCGAGUUGGAUUUCUACCAGCACUCCAAGGUGUGCUCCAACACCUGCCGCAGUACUAAGAUUGACCUGGUGGGGACCAGAGUGUCACUCAGCAGCCAGCAGGCCACCGACUAUGUUCCUGUCACUCCUUCCUUAUCUGACGUGAACGGAUCACCGGCCAUGUUUCCAACAGAGGUAUCAUCAGACGACACCACGGAAUGGGUCACAGCCAUAGGAGAGGAUUCUGUGACCUUCUGGAGGGGUCUGAAGGAGGCUGGGUUGCUGGAGGAAGUGGUGGAGGACUUCCAGAAGGAGAUUCAGGAGGUGCUAAAGGGAAUGCAGGAGCGCAUCACCGAGCCUCCCCUGCAGGUCAAUGAUGCUGUGCUGCUGAACAAUAUAGUGCAGCACUUCGGCAUGCUCGACUUGGUUAAGAAGGUGCUAGCCAGUCACAAGAGCCAGAUGGACCGACAUAGGGAGCAGUAUUCACGCAGUCUUGUCGCUCUGGAGCAGCAGUGUGACGAGCACAGGAAACGUGCCAAGGAGUUAAAGAGCAAAUCCCAACACCUCAACAACGUCCUCAUGACCCUAACUCCCGUGGCCGUGCCGUCCACGCCCAAACGCCCACGCCUCACCCGCGCUGUCUCAGGCCCUGCCGUUAUGUCCAGUGCCCCCACCCAGAUCACCCUGCCCCUCACCCAGCUGGCAGGCCUGCCUGCUGGGUGCAAAGUGCUCUCGGUGGGGGGAGCCGGUGCCGGCAAGCAGACCUACAUGGUGCUGACCUCCCCCAACGGCGAGCUGGGGCCAGAUGCCUCCAAUCUGACUGUACUCUCCACGGCCGCCGCCGUUCAGGAGGGUGCACCCGCCACAUCAGCCUUCGUCAAGAUGGUCAGCUCAGGCUAUCAGCUGAUCACGCUGCCUGCCGCGUUGAGCACCCAGCUACAGGGCCUGGCUGGGGGCACAGCCCAGGGCACCACUACCAUGAUGGCAGUACCUAUGGGUAACAACGCACUGCAGAGCACGGCGGCAGUGGUCCCAGCGUUGGGGAGACGGGUAGAAGAUCAUGUGCAGGAGGGUGUAGCACCAGAGACUGAGGAGCAGGAGGUGAAGGAGACGGUGGAGAGUUAGAGAGAUGUACUCCUCCUAUAGUGUUAAAAACACGUUGGGGACUCCUCACUGGUUUGGAGUGCAAGUACUGGAACCAGUGCCUAGGUCUAGUGGUGUUGAACUAUGAAGGACCCAUAUCAGUAAAGAUGACUUAAAAUGUAUAACUACAUGCACUGCUCAUUUUACUCAAAGCACCAGUGUGUGUGUGUAGAGGUGAAAAUGUCUGUGCAGAAUUGAGUUUGGAAUUCAUAAGUGUAUAUUUUUAUAACCAUGCAAGUAGAUGCCGACUCUGCUCAAAAGCCAUGAUCUUAGUUAUAUUCUCAGGUGUCCAUUUUCACUGGGGUGUAGGUGCCAUGUUCACAUUCUCUUUACAUUGUGCUAAAAAUGUAAAUUCUACAAUGCUCAUCUUUCAACAUCAGAAUGUUUUUCCAUUUCAACAUUUAAUAACUGUAUAUAACUUGUUCAAUAUUACAAUGCAUUUUAUUAUAUAGUUAAUAUUUUUGAACAAACGGAAAGUGAACAAACUGGUGGUUUUGUUGAACUUGUCAGUGUACUCUGUAAAUUAAUUGUAUAAAUUCUUAAAUCUAGCCAUUACUGGAAAACUUGAAGUAUUUGGCAUUUGUUUUUAUUUCUAAACCAGUUGUUCAAUUCACCAUGAAAUCAACUUUUAAUAGCUUUGUGUAACAUUUCUUCUGACCAGAAAAGGCGUUGGUGAAAUUCACAACUCAGUCUUCUCAUUAACUUAAAUGACAUGGAUCAUGAAAGGGCAAAUCAAACGCAACCUUGAACAGUGAGUCCACAUGAUCAUGACCCUCGCUUGAUGGGCAAGCAUACAAGCUAGGCUACAUGACUGUUAAACUCUCCGUCUGGUCGCGCUGCAAUGAAAUACUGUAGGUAAGCUUAAGUUUGUAUGUUGAUAUAUGGCCCUGUUUUUUACACAGUGUUUUUCUAUUUAAACUUACUCAUGCUCGUUACACGCUCUGUCUCUAAUAUGCUACUAGCCCCACACCUUGAUAUCAGAACAUGCCGGUAGGGAGUGCUGAAGGGUUUAUUUUGCUUCUCCAGAUAUUCCUUUUAUUUUCCCCUAACCCUACCUCCACUAAUUGGAGUAAACUAAUGGACAACACCUAGGCUUCAACUUCCAGCUUAUACAUGUCCAGCUGACAUACUAUAUACAUUUUACGGACGCAGUAUAUUUAAGCAAUAAGGCCCGAGGAGGAGGAGUGGUAUAUGGCCAAUAUACCAUGUCUAAGGGCUGUUCUUAUGCACAACAAAACACGGAGUGCCUGGAUACAGGCCGUAUACUGGCCAUAUCACAAACCCCCGAGGUACCUUCAUGUAAUUUGAGCCGUAAAAUUAAAUGUUUUGUCAUACCCGUGGUAUACGGUCUGAUAUACCACGGCUGUCAACCAAUCAGCAUUCAGUGCUCGAACCACCAGUUUAGGAUUUACAAUAGUUAUCUUUUGUUUAUUCUUAGUCCCAUCCUUCAGCUCCCCUCAACCCCUCCCAUCUAUCUCUGAAGACCAAUCCAGUUGUGAUUUCUACUUGCCAUAUUUUUCAACUUUGCUGUGUCACAAAAGUUCUGAACCUACAUGAAUUUUACGGAUACAGUAUAUUUUACAUUUGUUGUUUUCUGCUGACAGGUGCACUUGGUUUUGGGUGCAUUAGAGCAAAUGAAAUCAGAUGGCAUCAACCGUGAAUAACCGUUCAAUGUUGAGUUUGAUUUUCCCUUUCGUGAUGGGAACUUUAUGUUCAAAGUUCAAAACAUUUUGAUUGUAAUGCCAAUUUCAAGAAUCAAUCGGUGAACUUCAAAGACUACAACAGUUUAUUCAAUGUGAAUCAUUCCAGCUGACUCAUGAUUGUGAAUGCAAUGAAAGGCGCUCUCCAUGAUGCUGAAAUGCACCACGAGCCUAUUUGCAUUGGUACUCCACAAUGCCUAAUGCUCCACGCUGUCCUCUUUGCAAUGUAGGGCUACUCGUCCACAAGAUGGUGCUAGUCCAAUUUCACUCAUCAGCAUUCCAUUUAGUUGGGUGAUCGUUUCUUAAAAUCAUAUUGUUGAACAUCGAUUAUAAAUGAAACCAUCAUCCUCUGUUCGCUAUGCUGCAGGCCUGUAAGCCUGUUCUUCUCGUUUGUUGAAAUAUAGCAGUUGUCUCAGAACCACAAGUCAAAAAAAAAAAAAAAA